UGACUCUUGAACAGGGAUAAUUUUUGCAAUAUUGUGGUGGUAACUUGAGUUGAAAAGUUGGGGAAAUAUAGUUUUAAAAUUAAUUUUAACAUUGGUUUAUUCAUAAGUCUACAAAAGACACAAAAAGGCGGGAUCAGAUAAUUCCAAGAACGGCUAUCUACCAUAAUGAGUGUUAAAGGAUUCUUUAAAAAUGUGUUGAGCCCAGAUGCAAAAGGUGAAGAGGAAGGAACAACCACUGGUGGCACUGCUACUGCUGGAAUGAGCAAUUUCCUCUCGGGUACAUCAAAGUUUUUAGAUUCCGUACAAACCAAAAAGAAUGGCUUGAUUAAUGAUAUAUCUAGUAAAUUGACUUCAUUUAAAAUACCCGGAGAACAAUCAACGAAUGAAAAUGUUAAGAAAAAGAGGUCAAAAGAACCUGGGGAAGGCGGUGACGGUGAUGAUGAUGACAGUUCUGCUAGUGAAUAUGGAGAUGAUGGUGAUCGUCCAAUGUAUGCUGAAGUAGCUCCUUUAGAACGACAAGUGUCAGUGGAAAGUGUCGAUAGUCUACCAGACGAUGAAGCGGAGAGGAGGAAGGCAGAUAUUCGUGCCUUGGUUUCUAAUCUGUUACAACAAAGUCGUAUAGAUGAGAAAUCGGUCAAAGAUUUCCGUGAUUUCAUCAUGAGACAUAGUGGUCGUUCAAGAUUUGCUAAGGAGUUGAAAUCUCAGACUAGAGCAAUGAAAGCUAUAUCGAAUCAAAUACUAGAACAGCUGGCAUUAUUCAUUGGACCGUUAUUAAAUCAGUGUAAUGAAAAUGAAGACUAUGCGCCAGCCUACAUAAUCAUGCAGUUAAGCUUUACAUUAUACUAUGAAAGUGUUUCACCGAAUGUCAUAGUCACGCAGAAGUAUCUUUAUGCAUUACUGAAAGAACAAGUGAUUUGGCAAUCGAUGAGAUUUUGGAAUGCUGCUUUCUUCAUUGCAUUACAGCGUGAACGUGCUGAACGUCAAGCUUACAUUGUUCAUGAAAGUGAAGACCCAAUAAAAGCGGAGGCAGAGUUUCAGAAUGAUAUCGCUUAUACUCAAUUGAGUAAAUUUCUCUGGCGAAUGUAUACCUUAGGAAUAGGACAUGAAGCCUGCUUGGACUUUUUACGUAAACAAGCCAGUGCAACUAAUUUACCUGCUGAUAUGGUCAAGACAAUUCAACGAAAUGUUCAACACUUCUUCGAGACUGUUAGUCAUAAUGAAACCUCUUCAUAAUUUGCAUUGUUAAAGCAUAUUGACUGAUAAUAUAAGAUUUUUCAAAACGACCUACAUGUGUCAUAUAUAUAUACAUAUUUAUUUAUUAAUUAAUUAUACGCUUCAAUUGCAUAAUGCUCAUAGUAUAUAUCUAAUCAUUAUGAAUAAGUAAUUCUGUGAGGGGAAUACUAUCUGUGAUUGGUUCCUUUGGAGAAACUUUAUAUCAAUGUAUAUCUACCUAUCUAUCUAUCCAUCUAUCUACCUAUUUACUUGUCCAUUCACGUCUAUUGUCCUACUGAGGAAGAAAGCAAAAUGGCAGAACCGAUUCUAAUCAUCAUUAUCAUUCCCUUAUCUUUGAUGUGUUUGUUUAUUUCUGGUUGACUGGUUCCCUAUUCAAAUAGUAUAUAUCUUGCCUAUACUUGUAUCCACGUAUUGGUGUAUGCAUGUGUGCGUCAGUGCGUCAAUGUGCGUGUUUGUGU